AUGGUGUAUAGGAACGACAACUUGGUCACUUCUACUUCUAUCAGCCCCGAGCUCCACUACCUCAGCUAUUCCAAAGAUUUCCCAACGUUUGCCAGCCUCGAGCCCACGUAUCUCAGCCAGUUCGAUCCCUUCCCAAGACUUCCCAUCGAGCUGAGAUAUAUGAUAUGGGGCUUCGCACUGCCCGAGGAACGCCCCAUCUAUCUUUCCGAUAAGAAGUACAAGCCUAUUGAAAAGUCUGAGGUUGUUGCUCCAAAUCCCGAUAGCCACGUCUCCGAUGCUGGUUCUUUGGAUAGAGAUGAGACUGGCGAGUCUGUCAAGCACCCUGAGACUUCGAAGAACAUACCAGCACUGUUACUGACCAGCCACGAAGCUCGGAGAGUUGCCUUGAAGCAUUUAACCCUCAACCUUGGCUUUCAGCUCGCCGACAAGCCAGUGUACGUCAAUCUUAAUCGGGACACAGUCCACUUUAAAAACACAGCUACUCUUAUGCUACUGGUCACUGUUCAGCCGCUGUGGCCAAGACGCACGAACACGGGGAAUGGCAUGCCCGUGAAGGGCGACUACUACCCCUUGGAGAGGAGCGAUAUUGAGAAUAACUUGCGCCACUUGUUCCUUUGUAAUACCUUGAGGCCAACGGAUAUUAAAAUGCUUGCUCGAUUCCGCAAGCUUGAGACCAUAACGGUGAACACAAGGACGACGCUCGGUGGAGGGCUUUCCUCCAACGCAAGACUAUCUGUUGCCAAAACUGCUAUUCGCCAGGCCCACGAAGAUGCAUUGAUAUUGUGGAAGCAGUACGCGGGGGUUCUGGGAGGAUAUCGACAAGAAGCACGGAAUAGAAUGCCCAUCAAGCAAAAUUCCCGUCUUCAAGUUCUGGUGGUAUUUUGA